AUGCCGCUCCCGUGCGUCGCAGGGCGGGUCGUUCACGCCGCUGCUGAUCGCGUGCAGCUUGUACCCAGGUGCCGCCGCCUGCCCCGGGCUGCGGCCCGGCUUCGUGCAGACGGCGGCGCGGAGGACGCGAGCCCCGAGGCGCUAAGGAAGCAGUACACCGGGAAGAUUCGCCGCCUGGGGCGAGAGCGCAAGCCCAAGCAGGCCCUCGACGCUCUUUCGGAGAUGGUGGGGCUCGGCAUUGCGCCGGACACUGUCGCGGCAACAGCCGUGGUGGAUGCAUGCGUCCAGAGUGGCGAGACGGCCAUGGCGCGGGAGAUCUUCGACAACAUGUUCGGGAGCCCCGACGACGUGGACGACACGCUGCUCUACCCCGACGAAGUAGCCUUCAACGUGCUGAUCCGCGGCAUGGGGGCGGAGGAUCCGGUGCCGUGGGAUGAGAUCGGGGCCACCCUGCGGCGCAUGGAGCGAGAUUACGGCAUCGCGCCGGGGAUCACGAGCUACAACGCGCUGCUCUCGGUGUGCUGCCGGGUGAACGACGUCGAGCGCGCGCAGCAGCUGGUCGAGCGGAUGGAGCUGCUGGGCAUCCAGGCGGAUGGGUUCACGUGGGACGCUGUCAAGUCGAGACGGUCCAUGAGGAGCCUGCUCAAACGCCUGCAGGGCUGA